AUGGCCGCUACAGCGCCUAUUCCAAAGCAUACAUUUGCUGAACGCGCUGCAGCAAAUAAUCUGAGUGAUUCUCAGAUUCUCAACUCCAACAAUGCAGCAGGCUCAAGUCUUCCCAAAGAGUCUGACGUUGUCGUUGCUGGUGGCGGCAUUCACGGUCUCCUUUACGCUAUCCACUCAGCCAAGCACAAGCCAGGAAACCUCAAGAUUUCUAUUGUCGAAAAGAACAGCAAACCGGGAUAUAAAAUUGGCGAGAGCACCCUUCCCGUCUUUUCCAUGUGGUGCAAGAUGUAUGGCCUCACGGCUGAGUAUCUCUUGCGCAUCUUCGGCCUCAAGGACGGACUGUGCUUCUUCUUUCUUGAUCGAGAGGAGCCAGGAAAAUUCGAUGAUUUCGUCAUCAAUGGCACAGCUGGCACCCUUCUGAGUGGUUUCCAAAUUGAGCGACCAACCAGCGAGCUGCUAUUUACACUAUUUGCACAACGAAGCGGUGUCAAUGUUUACCAUGGAACCGAAGUUAACUUUGACGCCACCAAGGUCAAUGGUGGUCUUGAUAAGUGCAAUAUUGGGAUUGCCAAGGGCAAGGUUCAUGAUACGCCGGAGACUUCAAUCCAAUCUUCGCUUUUGGUUGAUGCAACAGGUCGCUUUCGUCGAGUAGCCUCUAAAAAUGCCUCCCUUCACCGAUUUGAAGGAUGGAAUUACGACGCCUUCUGGGGAUAUUUUACUAAUCCAACGGAUACAAGCAAAAUACCCUUCCCGCAUUAUGAAUCAUGCCAUACCAACCAUAUUUGCUUUCCCGAAGGCUGGAUCUGGGUCAUUCGUUUGCUCUCAUGGGAAGGCAACCCAACCGCCAAUAUGAUGGACAUGAUGACUUACUUGCUCGACUGUGCCGAGUCUGGUGUCCCAGGUGACCAAAUCCCAAGCACAGAUGAACUCGCCAAGAUGUUUGGACUCAAGUAUCGGUGGGUCACCAGUCUUGGCUUUGCUGUGCGCAGCGAUGUCGAGUACCCGGAAGACAUGUCUCCGUACGGAACCAGAGAAGCUGAGCGCAGGUUCAAUUAUUUUGUGGAAAAAUAUCCUCUCAUCAAGGAGUUUAUGAGCAACUUUGAGCUCAUAGAAAAUCACUACGGCCCAGGUACAACUUGGUACAUCCGCAAGAGUUUAACAUACCAGUCUCCUGUUGUCUCUGGUCCGGGUUGGCUUUCUAUUGGUGAUGCAUGCGGCUUCACCAACCCACUUUGGUCCCCGGGCAUCAACGUUGGCAUGUCUACUUCAACGUAUGCUGCUGAGCUCACACACCAGGCACUCGAUGCUGCGAAGAAGGCCAACAACACAGAGGCCGCCGAGCUCUCAAUCCGCGAAACCUUGGCCCCAUAUGACGCAUAUGCCAAACGCCUAAUUCCUGCACUUAACCAGAUGAACCGUUUCAACUACGUCUGCUUCCGUGACCCAAGGCUGGGUGCUCAAGUUUCGGCUGCUUGGCAGAAUAUUGCGAGCGCCCUCCAAGGUUAUGGGCGCAUGCAGGGUAAAUUCACAUUAACGCCGGAGACAUUCGUUGACUACGCGGUGAAUUGGUGCUACGGAGCUCUGAAUCCAACAUACGAUAUUGUGGCGCGUAAGGCCAUUGAACUCCUCGCACCUAUUCCUCUGAAGGAUACUGUGCCCGAUCAUAUUGUACGUGAAGUGAUUGAAUUCGCCAACGGCGUCAAGAAGUCUACCCUUGAGUCGGGCUCCAUCAACCUCCGAUGGGAUGGACUGUUCCGUCGCUUCGAUAGGCGUCUCAACUACGUAAAAGAGAAAGAAACUAAAGACACUUUCGCACGCCUAUGUUCUAAUUGCUCUUCAUGGUUUGUGCUCCGUCCUGAUUUGAAGAAGUGCUACUCUUGUGGUGCGGAGCGGAGCGAUGAAGAGUCAAAGAUUCUUUAUAAUCCUCCUUUGGAAGUCAAUUAG